AGGUCAGAAAAGGGACGUGCGAUUUACACAACAUCACAUCGAGCAGAAAUUUUCAUUUCUUUUGUACCUUCUUUACUUUACCGCAAGCUGUUCCAAUCGUGUUGAGGUCUAGAGGAGAUACCCGUGUUCAUCUUUAAGAGAAACACAUUUUUGGCCGAUCUACAAGUGAAUGCGAAACAGACGAACGAGGGCUACAACAAAACAACAUGGCCAGUGAAACAGUUAGUAAAGAGUUGGUAGAUCCGCCACUGAGACAUGUGGAAACUGAUGUCCUCAUCCCAAAGAUGAUGAGAGCAAAGGCCAAGGAGAGAUGUCACCAGGAGGUCAAGGAGUUUACAGAUUGCUGUAAGGACAGUGGCCUGGGUAUGGUGGUGAAGUGUAGACAACAGAACACCCAACUCAGGGCCUGCCUCACCAAAUAUUACAAGGACCCAGAGUUCUAUGAGAUGUGUAAGCAGGAGUACCUUCAGCAGAAGAGGGAAUUCGUGGAAACAGGAGUCCGCAAGUCCAGCAAAACAUCAUCCAAACUGCCUACAACUAUGUAGUACAGGAUAGGGGUACUUAACUAUGUAACAAGCAGGAUGAAAGAAUUAAGUAUGAAGAGAAGUCUUGUGUAAAUGCUUCUGAGAGGGAUUUUUGUCAUGUACAUCAUGAAAAACUGCAACAUUUAACGCUUGUGGUUUUCAUUUUGUAGAAAUUUAGAAUUGGCAAGUUCUUGUUGGUUAUUACUGGUAAUCGAAACAAAGAGUAUGUUUGCCUUGAAGUUGUCAUAAGAAAAAUUUUCUGAAAGACAACCACCCGAGUUAAUUAUUAAGCACUGUCUGAUGAUGUGAACAUGCCAAUAGCCUUGAAAAUGAAUUUAGAAUAUUGUUGUUUGUUAAUACCUAGCUCUUUUCAUGAUUCAAAUGUUAGUUACUUUGAAGUCAAUCUGUGAUCCAAUAGAUGUUUAUCCAAAAUGAAGUACUUGCACUACCUUGUGCAUUAAAGAUAUGAUCAGCCUA